AUGUACACUACUGAGGCACAAUUUAAAGAACAUGGGAUAACAGCGACCUUUAAAAAGCGAGCUCCCUACCCUCUUACAGAAACUCAAUUGUCAACUCCUUUACCCACCGUUCUUGAGCUCAAUGGGAAACGGAGAUACCUUUCCGAUAUACAGCUGGUUAAGCAGGAGUUACAAUCUCUAAUAGCUUCUCGUCAUACUCAAAAGAAGAUACCAGUCACCCCGAAUGCUAGACCACCUGUUCAGUCAGUUGUGCCUUUCAGUCGUGCUGCAUCGUGCGGAUCACAUCAGGAGACCUUUUCUUACGGUAACACUCGGCACGAGACAAAGCAAGACUCAAGGGCAUUUGAAGGGAAGCCAUCCUUUGUUUCAACUGGUAGAGCCUUAUCACAGCCCUUCGGUGGUGCCAUGUCACUAUCUACUAGCUAUUCCUCUAAUGCUAUAUUAUGCCAAGGUCACACUGAGUCAAGGCUGGAGUGCAGGCAUUACUUCGAUAAUUCGCCACUCCAAGUCUCUAAUAGAUGUUAUGAUAGAUUGGAGCUAGGCAAUAUAGAUACACCGCUCUCUCAAGUAGAUACCUGUGACCCAGACCCCAACGACAGACCUGAAGUAGAGCUAGGGACAUUUGCUGGCCAAGUAGCAGAUAACACAGGAGAUCCAAAUGAACCUGCAACAGCCUUAUCCACCCAGUCCUUCAUUGGCUCAGCAUCCACUGAUGGACCCGCAGAAGCAGAUUUACACAUUGGAGACCUAUUGACAUCAUGCAAUAGAUCUAUAGAAGAGAACUUUGCGAUCAACUCUCAGAAUAAGAUUGCGCUAAGUAGAAUCACGCCUUUGUCACGAGAUACAACAGCGCCCUGUUCUGCUCCCUUGAUUGUUCAGUCAUAUCUUCUUCCAGAAAGACACAUGUUACACUCUAGCAGUAAGGGCGCCACGAUCAUGCCAGAGAGGAAUGCACGAGUAUUGAAAGAUGUAGACCUUGUGGAUUGCUGGACUAUGACAACUGACGCUGAUAGCACUCUCGCUACCAAGAAUAGCCUUCUCAUUUCUGGUGUUGGGAGUGAGCUAGUCAUCGGAGUGACAGAGCAGAGAUUAGCACCCACUGUGCCACACAUUAAUGCAAGGAGACCAUUCAAUCGCCUGAGCAAGCAAGAAGAACCAUCUAGAAUAGUGGGAAAGCAACAAGUGGAGCAUUUGGCGGAGGAGUGCUGUGUUCCUAACCCUUCCAAGCAACUUAGCUUUAAUGGAGAUGAUAUAACCAGCCGAGCUACUGAACAGCAUAACGUAUCGAGUGCUUGUGUAAAACAACACUUGAAUUUAGUAACAGACACAGUGAAAAAUGAGCUACUGGCUAGCAAUGUUAUUUCAGAAGACAGUUUGGAGUCACAAAGCAGACCUAGUAAGACAGUAGUCGAAAGCCAGGCGGAGCCCACAAAAGAUAGUCUUUCUGACGAGCUUUCUAAUAACGUGAUCAGCAACGCUCUUGCACUAGCGCCCUUAGUACCUUUGUCUAAUGAUAUUGCUAUUUAUAGAACAGGAGAGGAUGGCACCGUAUUCGAAGAGGAUCUUGAGGAUAAUCGACAGCUAGAAUCAAAGAUAGGCGAGGAAGGCUCCUCCUAUGAUGACAAGGAUGAUGCUUUUCUUGAUAGCCUGAAUCACAUGCGGCGCACUUACGGCAUAGAGAAUGCGUACAACAAUUUUGGCGCCUUCUUAUCGAAUGUGUCAGACUUUAUAAGAGAUUGCUCUGUGGCUUUAUCUAAUGAGCCACUUAGCUCUCUUUCUAAUGAUGUUAUGCGGCGGAAUCCGUUGCCAUCGACACUUCAAAUCUCCGACAAUCCUCUAUCAAAGAAUCAAUCUCGUCUAGGUACUGAACGCUUUGCACAAUUACGUAAAAGUAAAAAUAAAAAGCCGACUACCACUAGUGCUCUACCCCCCAAAGAGGAUAUCAUAGAGAAGCUCGACACGUUGCCACUAGCACCCUUGCAAGAUCCUGCAUCAGGAACUUCGGUCCCUGCGGAUACCAUGACACAAGAGGAUGAGGUGCCUAGUUCUACUGCUCCCUUAGUGAGCGUUGAGCAGAUACAGGUACUGAAUCUUCCUCAACUUCGAGUCGUAGCAUUUCCUAACAAUGCUAUCAAAGAAGAAGCAGUGUCACUAUCACAUGAGGAGCACACUAAUCUUGUGGAAAUGUCUGGAGAAAAACCGUUCCUACCUCCUCUAGAACUCCAGCCACAAUUGCCCAGCCUCACAGCUUCAACUGGAGCUUCCUCGCCUAGUUAUACCAUCACUAGUGGGCGCCAAACGUCAUGUAUGCAGCCUCCGAAUACACCUCAUGUACCUGAGUAUUUACGUAUCAGUCCUCCGUCUACGCGAGGCUCCAGCAAAGGUUCACAGGGUCUAUGCAAUAGUUUGGAUCUUCUUAGCAGUAAUACCUCUUUGCCACAAGCACUUGAGGCCAAGCCUUUCACACCGCGACUUCCGGGAUUUGAAGAAGGGAGCAGAAACGAUGCUGCAAUAUCUUCUGCUUUUGAGACACUGAAACUAAUCGGCUAUACGUCAAAAGGCCGUGGUACUGCAGUUAGCCGUUCCUCAUACAUGCAGCUUAGGGGUCGUCGUGCUCCGUCAACCUUACAGACCUCAAGCUUUUCAGUUAUUGAAGGGCCAGGAGCAUUUUCGUCAGCCACGCAGCGCAAUACCGUUAAUGAGGUAGGAGUAGGAUGCGAUCCAAACCGACUUAUCCUGUCACGCACUGCCUUAGAGGACUUGAUGGACAUGUCAGAUAGCGACUUAUCUGCCCUUCGUACAAACACACUACCUACUAACGAGGCCAGGAAGGGCCCGGUCCAGCAUACCGGCAGAAGGAUGGUGGAGCCUGGGAUGAAGUAUUUACUAUGGCAGGUGCCUUCGACAAUCAAUUGA